AUGUUUGAAAAUCCUCACCCAGGGACUUUGCGCAAAGAGUCCGAACCGCUGGGUAGCCUCGAGACGAGCACAGAAAUUUACUCUACGAAUAUCGAGCCAGUAAUCUCCAGAUUGGCUAGCAUACAUGCACCCCCGGAAUUUGAAGUUUAUUGGGAUUCUGAAGACCCCGAAAAUCCUCGUCUGUGGCCGCUUUGGUACAAAAGUCUCACUGUAGCUGCCAUGAGUCUUGGUGCUACCAUUGUCAGUCUCUCUAGUACACUGUACACAUCUGGGAUCCCGGGACUACAGGAGGAAUUUCAUGUCUCCAAGAUUGUGGCCCUUCUCGGUGUCACGACUUAUCUUUUGGGAAUGGCGACAGGGAGCAUCAUCUUUGCUCCCCUCAGUGAGCUUGUCGGUCGCCGGCCAGUUUACCUUAUUUCAAUGACAAUCUUCCUCUGUCUAUUGUUGCCGAGUGCUUUAGCGCAGAACAUGGAGUCCAUUCUUGUGGGGAGAUUUUUCGGGGGAUUCUUUGGCAGUGCAUUGAUGUCGAACUCGCCUGCAUCCGUGAAUGACAUUGUCUCGGAUAAACACCGGGCUUUGGCAUUUGGUUUCUGGUCCAUUGGACCUAGCAAUGGCCCUGUCUAUGGUCCGAUCAUAGGAGGCUUUGUGUUUCAAUACCUUGGUUGGAGAUGGACAAAUUGGAUUGUUCUCAUCAUUGGUGGUGUCGUCUUGGCCUUGAUUACUUCGGUGAAAGAAACAUAUGCUCCAGUGAUUUUAAAGAGGCGGGCUGCCAGAAAGCGUACGGAGACACAGAAUCCCAAGUGGUGGACUCGUUACGACAAUGAUCUUGAUUUCAUGUCUUUAUUGAAAGUGAAUCUCAAAAGACCUUUUGUGAUGCUUUUUACUGAACCAAUUUGUAUGUUCUGGGAUGGCUACGUUGCAAUCGCUUACGGCAUCCUUUACUUGUGUUUCGUUGCAUACCCCAUCGCCUUCCAGCAAGAGCGUGGAUGGUCUCCAGGCAGUGGCGGCCUUUCGUUUAUCGGUAUAGGCGUCGGUGUCUUGGCCGCCAUCGCGUGUGAGCCUCUGUUUCGCAGAGUUAUCAAUCUUCACCCCAAAAAUCCAGAAACCAACAUGGUCCCACCGGAGGCCAUGGUGAGUAUUAUUUUCUUUGGUGCUACUCUUCUAGCCAUUGGUCAGUUGUGGUUUUCCUGGACUUGUACUCCGAACGUUCACUGGAUCGUCCCGAUCCUCGCUGGUCUUCCUUUUGGCGUGGGCAAUGCAUGCGUCUUUAUCUAUACCCAAAACUACAUAGCUCGGUCUUAUGGCCUAUAUGCUGCAUCUGCACUUGCUGGAAAUAUGUUUACGCGCAGUGUCAUGGGAGCAUUUCUCCCACUUGCUGGUCCAGCGAUGUAUGAGACUCUCGGGUUGAAUUGGGCAGGUACACUCUUGGGACUUGUGGAGGCAGCUUGUAUUGCGAUUCCUGUCGUUUUCUACUUUUAUGGGCACAAAAUUCGAAAGGCAAGUCCACUUAUCAAAGAGGUGGAGAAACUACAGGAAAAGUAA